UCAUCAUCAGAGCGCCACAUCAGUGUGGUUUGUCUGGUCACGAAUAAGUCACACUCCGGGCUUAGUAGAAUGAACAACGUGCUCCCCAUCGGUGGAUGCAUCAUCAGCUAAGCAGCUCCAAAGUGCCUUCUUUCACCUCUCUUCCCUGCGCUACGACGAUGAGGGCAGUCGUUCUUAAAAUAAUCUCCGCGUUGUUAUAUUUGUGCUACGAGUGUUUCCACUAUAUAACGACGAAAUUCGCCACCGUGAUGGACUUUAAGCAGCAAAACGGCAGCAGUCCCGGCCAGACACAACAGCUACGCAGCAACUCCCGGCUGUGGCACCAGUCUUCAACGGCGACGAACGGAGCAUCGUCAGUAGCAACAAUUGCGCCCCAGAAAGUCACCAUGCGAAGGCGGUGUCGCAGCGAAUCUUGGAGUGAAAGUCUUCCCAUGGCGCCGAUGAUGUACCACGAGGUGAAGAGCGGCAAGUCGCGUCUCCAGCAGGGUCAUGGUCACAGCAGAGCACGAGGUGGUGAGGUUCCAACGCUGCUGAUUGAGUCGUUCAGCUUGCAGGGCAAUGGCCGGAAGCAGUCGGACCUGUUGCCCAGCAUCACCAUCAACAGCGCAAAGGAGAACGUCAUCCAGAACGGUGUCAACGCGAAGGACGUCUACCUGAGCGAUCUGGAUGGUUAUAGGAAGGAUCGCCGCAAUGGGUACUACAUGGCAGGAGAGCGACAACUCGAGUCGCGCUUUGCGCGGAACCUGGAAAGCUCUUUCAACCCUCGGAUGGACCGUCGGAAAAUGCGAGCAAGAAGUGAGUCGGAACCGCAUGAGAUCUACACCAGUCCGACCGUGUUUGGCAGUGGUAGAACCUACUCCGGUUGGAGUGCCCACCGGGACCAGGUUCGGGAUGUAUCCCUGAAGCGAACCCGCGACACAAUUUCCCCAACCUUAGAAGCUGACGAAGCCCUGGAAGCGAUGUGUUCCUCAAUCAACUCGAAAGAUUCACCCCCUUCUAAAAUCCUGAACGCCAACGACACAGCCAGCCUUGACGAAGCUGUCAACCGGGCGGCGGCAUCGCUUCAAAAACGUAAGGUAACUAAAACGGCCCAGAACGCCGUCAACGGAGCGCGAGCUACAAAAACGGUUCGCACCCGAACCGGCUCCACGGUCAACAUCUACAAAUCCAGCCUAAAAUCCGCCCCGACGUCCGUCUCGGCCAUCGUAGCCUCCGGCGGAGUCGUUGCCGCCAACAUGGGUCGCAAAUCGGUCUCGCCUCCACUGCUCCUUCUCAAACCGGGAACUACCUCACCAACUCCGUCCGGAAUGUCGACCGGCACGAGCGGUGGCGAGUCCGUGCACACACAAGACCUCGACACGGAAACCAUCGGCCACUCGGAUCUGGCAGAAGACGACCUGGACGACGAAGAGUGCGACGGCGAAGAGGACGACCUGGACGACGACGAUGUCCUGCCCGAGGACGACGAAGUGCUGAACGGGUCCAUCACCGACUCCGAGGACAACUACCAAACCCAUCUCGCAGCGUACCAGGCUCGUGCCAAGUCCAACUCGACCUCCCCGUCGCCAUCGCCAUCGAUUCGCGGACCGGUGACCUCGAUCGGUUGCGUGCACGGCGGUUGCCCCCCGGAGGGACCGCUCGCACCCAGUUUAUUCGCCUACGUACCGCCCUACAUCACGUUCUCGACGCACGAGGAAAAGGGACCGCCGAUGCCACCGGCCAUUCACAAAGUGCUCAAGUGGAAGAUGACGCUGAUCACGCCGAUCGUGGUGCGUAAAGUCCUACUCAACAGCGGGUUCCGGUUGCUCAAGAAAACCAACGACUGGGUCGGCAUCUGGGGCAAGCACAUGAAGAGCCCCUGCUUUAAGACGCUCCGGCCGUAUCAAAAGUUCAACCACCUGCCGGGAAGCUUCCAAAUCGGGCGCAAAGAUCGAGUGUGGCGCAACCUGCAGACGCAGAUGAACCGCCACGGCAAGAAGGAGUUCGGUUUCAUGCCGCGCACGUACAUCAUACCUCAGGAUUUGAAGCUGCUGCGUCAGAUGUGGCCCCGGUACAGUCAGCGGGGCUGCAAGUGGAUCAUCAAGCCACCGGCGUCGGCGCGAGGAACGGGGAUCAAGGUCGUCAACCGGUGGUCCCAAAUCCCCAAACGGAAGCCACUGAUCGUGCAGCGGUACGUCGAGCGCCCGCUGCUCAUCAACGGAAGCAAGUUCGACCUGCGGCUGUACGUGCUCGUUACGUCGAUCAAUCCGCUGCGCGUUUACAUGCACACCGACGGACUUGCCCGGUUUGCUUCCGUCAAGUACAGCGAAAAGUCGGACACGCUCAGCGAUCGAUACAUGCAUUUAACCAACUACAGUAUUAACAAGCUGUCCGACAAGUACAGCGCCAACGAGGACGCGGACGCCUGCCAGGGCCACAAGUGGACCAUCAAAUCCCUGUGGACGUACUUUAACGAAAAGGGCGUCAACACCGACCGACUGUGGGGAGCGCUUCGGAACCUGGUCCUGCGAACGGUACUCGCCGGCGAAGGCCCCAUCCACGCCAUGUCCAAGCUGAACGUGGGCAACCGGUACAACUGCUACGAACUGUUCGGCAUCGACGUCCUGCUCGACUCCGAGCUCGUGCCGUGGCUGCUGGAAGUUAACAUAUCACCGUCCCUCCAUUCCGCGUCCACGCUGGACGCCCACGUAAAAGGUCCGCUCGUGAAGGCGCUGCUCAACACCGCCAUGUAUCAGGUUCCUCCCAGGAUACCGCAGGCGGAGCAGAAAGAAAUCCUCGCCAGCCAGGGCUUGGCUGGUCCGCUGUGCUUCGACAAACGCAUCUACGUGACCGCCCUGUCGAAGGUCGAGCGAGUGAAACACAACCAGUUCAUCCAGAAGGACGUGGGCAGGGAAGAUUAUCUCAGCCCCAUCCUCGACGAGCUAACCCCGGACGACGUGCGCUGUUUGCUGCUCGCCGAAGACGAACUUGCCAGAAGUGCCCCGCUGGAACGGAUCCUUCCAGCGCCCAACAGCCACCGCUACAUCGGCUUUACCGAACACCCUCGGUACUACAACCGAUUGCUGGACGCGUGGGAACACCGAUACUGCCAUAACCGCGCCGACGGAAUCACCCUGCUGCAGUCGCUGUGCGCCCAGAAAGUCCACCUCCAGGUACCGCCGAGCACGCUGAAAAAGCGUCAAGAACUCGCCAAACAACAACAGCCACAAAUGCCACAAGCACAGCUCAAACCACCACACCAAACAACACAUCAACAGCAACAACUCAAGAAAGCUCAAAAUCCAAAAUUCACAUCUCAAGCGUGCACUGACCGCGCACACAAAUGCACAAAGCAUCAACAUCCCGAAGCCGAUCCACCACAAAUUACCUCCAACCGUCCCUACCUGCCCCGAAAACCGAAGAACUCCAACCUCCCAAUGCUCCUCUGAGUCUCCAAACUUCUCUUUCUCUCUCUUUUUACUAAAUUUUCUAUUAACGUUUUAUUAAAAAAAAUACCAAUAUUUACAGCA